GUCCAAUCACUGCAGCGUACUCGACCGGAAGUUUUGAAGAAUCGUACGCGGGAAAAUACUAAUCGUUUCAGCUGGACAACAGAGGAGGUCUGUGUUGGAUAUAAAAAAGAUGAAGGUGGUAACGUGUGAGAUUGCAUGGCACAACAAGGAGCCAGUCUACAGUCUGGACUUCCAGCACAGUUCAGAUGGACGCAUUCAUCGGCUGGCCACAGCUGGAGUGGACACCACAGUCAGAAUGUGGCGGGUAGACACAUGCCCAGACGGAAAAGCGGCGGUGGAUUUUUUGUCUAAUCUGGCUAGACAUACCAAGGCUGUCAACGUAGUGCGCUUUAGUCCCAAUGGAGAGCUGCUUGCCUCAGGAGGAGAUGAUGCAGCAAUUCUGCUGUGGAAGCUCAAUGACUCUAAGGAGCCCGAGCAGGCACCCAUGUUCCAGGAGGAGGAAGAUGCUCUGCUCAACAAGGAGAGCUGGUCUGUUGUCAAGACAUUGAGGGGGCACAUAGAGGACGUGUAUGACAUCUGCUGGACACGGGAUGGAAACUUCAUGGUAUCUGGUUCUGUUGACAACACUGCCAUAAUGUGGGACAUCAACAAAGGACAGAAGCUGUGUAUCUUGAAUGACCAUAAGAGCUACGUGCAGGGGGUGACCUGGGAUCCUCAGGGGCAAUAUGUUGCCACUCUCAGCUGUGACAGAGUGAUGCGUGUGUACAACACUCACACCAAGAAGAAAGCUUUCUGUAUCAGUAAAAUGAGCUCUGGGCCCCUUGCAGAGGGAGAGGUCAAGCAGUACAGAAUGUUCCACGAUGACAGUAUGAGGUCCUUCUUCCGACGUCUCUCAUUCACACCAGAUGGGUCUUUCUUGCUCGCCCCAGCUGGAUGUGUGGAGAUUGGAGAAAACAUCAUAAAUACCACAUACAUCUUUUCCAGGAAGGGCCUCAAGAGGCCCAUCGCCCACUUGCCGUGUCCAACUAAAGCUACACUGGCUGUACGCUGCUGCCCCGUCUACUUUGAACUGAGGACCAAGAAGGAUGAAGAUGGUUCAAGUCAGGCUCUCCCCGAUGUAUUCCAGUUGCCAUACCGCAUGGUGUUUGCUGUAGCAUCUGAGGAUUCCAUCUUUUUGUAUGACACGCAGCAGACCCUUCCUUUCGGUCUGGUGUCCAACAUCCACUACCACACACUCAGCGAUCUUACAUGGUCUCGUGACGGUUCCUUCCUGGCUGUGUCCUCCACAGACGGAUACUGCUCCUUCCUGUCCUUCUCUCCAGGGGAGCUGGGCACUCCACUGAAGGAGCCCCCAACCCUGGAGGUCUUUAUCCCAAACAGUGGUGUUGAGAAAAAGGGAAAGAAGUCGUCAGCGGCCAGGACCUCAUCUCCUUUGACCCAGACACCAAGCUCAGCCCAGACUCCCACAUCGCAAGCCAGCGUUGGUAAAGAUGCCCCUUUUGUUACCCCCCCAGAAGAGAAGAAGAGCACCCCGAGUGUCAAGUCUAAACCUCAGCCCCGGAGGAUCACCCUCAACACUCUGGAGGGUUGGGGGAAACCCUCUAAUUCUAAAACCACAGUACCUCCAGCACCUCUUACCCCAACAUCUGCAAGCACAAGCGCUCCCUCUACUCCCCAACCCCGCAUUACCCCUCUCACCCCAACCAGCUCCUCCACAACCCAGCUACGCAUUGCCCCCCUAACCCCCUCCACCCCUAAAGCCCCCAACAGUGCUGAUGCUGGGCCCACUACUCCUAAGGGAACAACCACCCCUAAGGGACCCACUCCAAGGAGAGUAUCUCUGACUCCUGUUGCAUCCCGAUCUCCAGCUGUUAGUUCCCUCUUCCGUACGCCCUCUUCCACCGAGAAGGCCAAGCAUGAACGGCCUUCUCCUCCCACUGAUCCAGUGUGCCAGCCUCCAGAGUCCAAGCGGCCAAAGACCAGUGGCACCCAGACUUAGUGUCUCCUGGGACCAUUGUGCUGCUACGAAAUCAGAAAAGAGUACAUACAGCAGAGGGUGACGAAGAAGCUUCAGUACAAAACCACUGAGGCUCCCCAUGGAUGUAACACCGCAGGGCAAUAGAAUUGUGUGUGUGGUUUGAUAUUGUCCAUACUUGAGUUAACUGGAAGAAGCCUGAUGAAUAUUUGAUUUGUUUGACAUUUAUAUGAUCAAGUACAAAAGGAAAGUUUUGUCUCACUUCUUUCCAAAGGCAUGUGAUUGUGAAACAAAAACUGCUCCAAACCUGAAGGGGGGGGAAGCACCUCAAGGUUUAGUGCCUUGUAUAUAGCUUUGAAUUUACAACCUCUUAGUUGGUCAUAAUUUGCUGAAGACUGUGGACCAGCAGCUUGAGUGAAAAGCUCAAAAUUGCCAAGUCUUUUUGUCAUUGUCUAAUAAAGGACGUUUCACGUAC